AUGGUCACGACGCGUGCCCGCCGAUCCAAUGCCGGCAACCGCAUGUCCACCCUGCUCGCGCAAUCCGCCGAGGACGAGCAAUGGGGCGAGGAAUGGGAUGAGGCGCCCGACGAGGAGGAGUUCCAGGGCGACCAGGUAGAUGAGCACGAUGACUACAACCUAGACUCGUCAUCCUCGGAAGAUGAAGAUGGCGGCGCCGAUGACGAUGAUGACGCGGGUGAGAAGGAGCUGCGCAGGGCCGAGCGGCAAGAAAGGAACAAGAAGCGCAAAGCCGCGACAAAUCCCUUUGCUGCGAGAAGCGCCGCCGCUGCACACAAGAGAGUCAAGCUUGACGUCCCCCGCACCCAGUCUCCUACACAUGCCCCGCCACGGCCUAAGAAGAAGUCGGAACGCGCAUCAUGGCUGCCCACCGAAGAGGACGGUCCCGUCCGAAUGUCCAACCGGAAGCAGACAGUCGCCAACAAGGACGCUACGCUGGCAAAGCUCAAGGAGAAGGACCGGCGGCGGGACGACACUCUGGCCAUGAUGAAGGCUGCCGAGGCGCGAAAACUAAAGGCCAAGGAAAAGCCUUUGACGCAAGCUGAGAGGCUCGCUGAGGCCGCCCGCAACGAGCGCAUAAAUAAGAAGACAUUGCACAGGUGGGAGGAGGCCGAAGAAGCAAGGGCAGCGGAGAGGCAGGCCAAAAUAGAUGCCCUAAAGAACCGCCAAAUCGAUGGGCCCUUUUAUCGCUACUACAGUGGGCCGGGCAUUUGGGUUGAUGAUAAGCUCAAGUACACUGGCAAAGACGCCCCAACCCCGGAGCAACUUGAAGAAAAAUUCAACAAGGAGAUCGAGGCUGCAGAAGCGGCAAUCGCUCAACCAGAGUCCGAAGCAGAGCAGACAAACCCCCUAACACAAAACCCUACGCAGCCAUCUGAAAACCAUGCAGAGGACAGUCAACCGGUGUUCGGCCCCCUAGCCCAAAUCCAGUCUCCAAUAAGGACAUCCCAUACGCCUCCUAUACCCACGACGUUACCAGUGCAGCAAGAUUCACUACAUUUGCCGUGGACAGCAGCAGCAUCUCAGAGUGGAGAUGUUUUCAUGGGCUCUCACGGCAUGUCAAUGGCAAGCAAUGUCAUGUUCGCACCCACUAGCCAAGAUUCGUCAUUCCUCUUCGGCAUUGACCAAUUUGCUCAAAAUCAACAGCCCCAAACACUGCCUGGUGAUCUCCCGCCGAAUCCUUUUACUCAAGCAUCUCCAUUCCAACAGCAACAACCAGUCCCACAGCCCUCGUUCUCAGAAACACUACACCCUCCGCUCAACGAUCCAUCAAUGCCACAAAUCAACGGCAACCCAUCAAUCGGCCCCGAAGCUAUGCUUGCCCAAUUCCCAAAGCCCGUCUUGCCGCCUGCACCACCGCGCCGCAAAACCAUCCGCAGAGCCCUCAGAAACCUGCUCAUCCUCUCCAAUUUCCCCAACCUCGAAGCGCCAGCCCCGACAUCUUCAAGAGCAAGAACUAGUGCUUCACUUCUCAAGGAAAAGGAUAAAUCAGCACUGGUACAGCUUUACACGGCACUCUUUAACUGGACUCCUACAGAAGCUGCAAACUACAUCCAACAAACGCUCAUUGCGCCUCCUAAGCAGCCCAGAAAAAACGCUGCGCACAAGGCCGAUGCAGAACCAGUGCUCAAGCCAGGUCAAAAGCUGUGUCCCAUUACCAACACAAUUGCCCGAUACCGCGACCCAGAAACGGGCAUUGCAUACCGGGAUGCACGCGCCUUUGGCGUGCUCCGCGGCGUUGUCGGUGGCGGCUUCGUAUGGAGCGGCGAUCUGGGCUGUUAUGUAGGAGGCCGAGCGAAGCCACUGGAAAGUAUGGGUGGCAAAGGGUUUCUGGGCAUGCCACCCGCUAAAAAUGUGCCUCGUCGCUUUGUGGAAAUGUCGAGCCCCAGGUCCGGAAAGAAGAAUAUGCCGCCUCCGCCACCGACGCCUACGCCGGGGAAAACACCGGCUGGAGCAGAUGCGACUGGGAAUGGGGCGGCGAGAGAACAGGGACAGCAAGUACAAACUCCGGUUCAAGGACGCACACAGGGACAACAGCCAACUGGCGAGGCACAGCGAGGUGCAAGUACAACACCAGUGAUGGGUGCUCAACAACAACAACAACAUCAUCAGAGUCCAGCCCCAAUCAAGACUGAAGCCAGUAGUGCUCCAUCGUAA